CUUCUUCUUCACUUCUUCUCCAGUGAAGUGUAGUUCAUCAAGUUAUCCUCUUUAAUUCUAAGUGUUUAGGUGACAACAAUAGCUUCUUUAUUAUCAGUCCUCGGGUCUAGCAUUUGUGACAUUGUGUGUACAUUGAAACUUUGUCACUAAACCGGUUCAUCUAUGGCUGCCUCAUCUUAUGCCAUGCAAUCAAUCCUUGCAAACCCUAUGAUGGGCAUGUCCACCAGAUCUAGGGUGAACCAUUUUGGUAUUCCUGCGAUGUAUUUGAGAAGGAAUGUUAGCCUGAGAGUCAGGUCCAUGGCUGAGGAAGAACAACAGAGUGAGCCAGCAGAACCUAUGAAACAACCAGCCACUACUGCCUCACCAAAGGUGAGCACGAAGUUCUCAGAUGUGUUGGCAUUCAGUGGGCCAGCACCAGAGAGGAUCAAUGGAAGGCUUGCCAUGAUUGGGUUUGUAGCUGCAAUGGCAGUGGAAGUAGCCAAAGGGCAGGGUGUGUUCGAACAAAUAUCGAACGGUGGCAUUCCAUGGUUCCUGGGGACAAGUGUGGUCCUUACACUUGCUUCAUUGGUUCCACUGUUCCAAGGGGUGAGUGUGGAGUCAAAAUCAAAAGGGUUUAUGUCCUCUGAUGCAGAACUGUGGAAUGGGAGGUUUGCUAUGUUGGGUUUGAUUGCGCUGGCUUUUACCGAGUAUGUCAAGGGAGGUACCCUGGUGUAAAUAUUAUUACAGUAACUCACAGAAAUGGUCUAAUAAUCGUUCAUGGUUAGAGAGACCAAUCUAUGUGUAAUUGUGUCUUCUUAAUCUAUAUAUCAUUAAUCAUAAACAAAUUUCAUGUCCUCGAAUUGUUCUUAGGAACCUGUAAUCAUCGAGUUAACUAUCGCGUUUAAA